GGCCGAUCUUACGUGUCCUUUUAAAUAAAAGAGAUUGGUGAAGUUUUGUGGUUUACUUGCUGUUUUUCAUUCAAAUACAGCAGAAACCAAGUUUAUAUGAUAAUAAUAAACACAGUGGAUUCAUAACCGUCGUUUAUUUCGCGAUUCCGAUAUGGUUUUAGCCGAUUUAGGACGUAAAAUAACUGAAGCUCUACGAUCAUUGAGCAACGCUACAAUUAUAAACGAAGAGGUAUUAAAUUCCUUAUUGAAAGAAGUAUGCAAGGCUUUGCUUGAGGCUGAUGUGAACGUUCAGUUGGUUAAGAAGUUGAGAGAAAAUGUGAAAUCAGCCAUUGAUUUUGAAGACAUGGCUGCAGGGCUGAACAAACGAAGGAUGAUACAGCAUGCUGUAUUCCAAGAACUCUGCAAACUUGUGGAUCCUGGGGUAAAGACAUGGCAACCACAAAAAGGAAAACCAAAUAUAAUCAUGUUUGUUGGUCUACAAGGAAGUGGAAAGACCACAACGUGUACUAAGUUAGCUUAUCACUACCAAAGAAAAGGUUGGAAGACAUGUUUAACAUGUGCUGACACAUUUAGAGCAGGAGCGUUUGAUCAGUUGAAACAGAAUGCAACGAAAGCUAGGAUUCCUUUCUACGGGAGCUAUACAGAAAUGGACCCUGUCAUCAUUGCCCAAGAUGGGGUGGAUAAAUUUAAAUCUGAAAAAUUUGAAAUUAUAAUUGUUGACACAAGUGGUCGUCAUAAGCAAGAAGAAUCGUUAUUUGAAGAAAUGUUACAAGUUUCUAAUGCAAUAGAUCCUGAUAAUAUUAUUUUUGUUAUGGAUGCCACCAUUGGUCAAGCUUGUGAAUCGCAGGCUAGGGCAUUUAAAGAAAAAGUAGAUGUUGCUUCAGUUAUUGUGACAAAGUUAGAUGGCCAUGCUAAAGGUGGUGGAGCAUUGAGUGCAGUUGCUGCCACAAAAAGUCCAAUAAUUUUCAUUGGCACUGGAGAACAUAUUGACGACUUUGAGCCUUUCAAGACAAGGCCAUUUAUCAGCAAAUUAUUAGGUAUGGGUGAUAUUGAAGGCCUUAUUGAUAAGGUGAAUGAACUGAAGUUAGAAGAAAAUGAAGAAUUGAUAGGAAAACUAAAACAUGGUCAGUUCACACUAAGAGACAUGUAUGAACAGUUUCAAAAUAUUAUGAAAAUGGGACCCUUCAACCAGAUUAUGGGAAUGAUACCUGGUUUUGGUAGUGAUUUCAUGACGAAAGGAAAUGAACAAGAAUCCAUGGCUAGGCUAAAGAAGCUCAUGACAAUCAUGGACAGCAUGAACGACCAAGAACUGGAUAGUCUUCAAGGAUCAAAGUUGUUUUCACGGGAACGAGGUCGAGUGGCAAGAGUUGCUCGUGGGUCAGGAACCUCGGUUCGUGAAGUUGAUGAACUGUUGUCUCAGUACAAUAAGUUUGCUGCGAUGGUUAAAAAGAUGGGAGGAAUCAAAGGAUUGUUUAAAGGUGGUGAUAUGUCGAGAAACAUAAAUCCUUCUCAGUUCCAAAGACUAAAUCAACAAAUGGCAAGGAUGAUGGACCCCAGAGUCCUGCAACAAAUGGGUGGUAUGCAAGGUUUACAAAGCAUGAUGAGACAAUUUCAAGGAGCAGGUGGAAUGCCAGGAGGCAGCGGUGGUGGACAUAAUUAGGCCACAUUGAGUGGAUGGAAGAUAACAAAUAUGGGGAGGUGUGGUGUGGAAAAGACACAGAGCAUUGUUGGCAUGUUACCAUAGAAAAUAUCUCUGGCAUCCAUUAUGGAAUCAUAUCAUUUCCUAAUGAAAAUCUCCUCUAAUUCCUUUUGUUAAAACAGGCACUAGCUGCCCCACUUUCAUAUGAUUUGUAAUUUAAAAGCAUCUUCUUUCAAAAAAUAGUUGUAACUACUGCACGUAUGAUGCUCAACAUUAUUCCUCCAUUUUGCACAAACAGAACUUUUGCAAAUUCGCAUAUGGACAGGGAAAAGGGUCCAUGCAGGUUCCUUAAAGUAUUAAUAUGCAUGCUUAAACCCAAUGUGGUUCACACAACAUUCACACACAACUUGUCCUAUUUUCUUUACUUUCUUUCCAAGUAAUGAAGAAUAUAAAUAUUUCUAAUGUACAAAUAAUGCAAUUUAGAAACUGGUCAAUAA